AUGGAAACACGGAGUCGGUCUAGGACGUCAAUUUCGUCUGUGAUGAAAGAUAUCGAAAUGGAUUCGAACGAUUGCCGUGAGGUGAUGCUGCGAGAGCAGAUCCCAGAAGAGACACAACCAGAAAGAGGGAACUGGACUGGUCGAUUUGAUUUUCUCCUAUCAUUACUCGGAUACAGCGUUGGUUUGGGGAAUGUUUGGCGAUUUCCGUACCUUUGCUAUAAUAACGGAGGAGGUGCGUUCCUCAUCCCCUUCACGGUAAUGCUAAUAAUAGCAGGUCUUCCACUGAUGUUUAUGGAGCUAUCUUUCGGCCAGUAUGCAGCCCUUGGCCCAGUCGCCGUCUACAAUAGAUUCUGCCCUUUGUUCCGCGGCCUUGGCUACGGAAUGGUGAUUGUUUCGUCCAUAGUGAUGCUCUACUACAAUCUCAUAAUUGCUUGGACUUUCUAUUACAUAUAUGUUUCGUUUGUGAGCAUCUUCUACCAAUUGCCGUGGCAGAAUUGCGAUGCAGAUUGGAGUACGGAAUUUUGCUACUCGUACGAGGCGGCCGACGAGUGCGAAGCUAACAACGGAACAUAUUACUUACGGAAAUGCUUUAAUCAAACUCAAACUGCGCUACAUAAUAUAACCGCCCUCGCAAACGUCACUUUGAGGCGGCCUCCCGCUGAAGAGUACUUUUCGAACCAUGUAUUGGGACUAUCCUCUGGAAUACAAGAAAUUGGUGGGAUUCGAUGGAGUUUGGCCGCUUGUUUGUUUGCCGCGUGGGUGAUUGUCUUCUUGUGUUUAUGCAAAGGUGUCCAGUCUUCAGGGAAGGUGGUGUAUUUCACAGCCCUUUUCCCAUACGUCGUGUUGGUUAUUUUGUUCUUCCGAGGUGUUACAUUGCCCGGCGCUUCGACUGGUAUUAUAUUUUAUCUGACUCCAGACUUCAGUCAACUCGCUAAUGCGCAAGUGUGGGGCGAUGCAGCAGUUCAGAUAUUCUUUGCCUUGAGCCCCGCUUGGGGAGGCUUAAUCACACUAUCAUCGUAUAACAAAUUCACAAAUAACUGCUAUUUAGACUCCCUAAUAGUCGCCGUAUCGAACAUAGCAACGUCGUUCUUCGCGGGUCUGGUCAUCUUUUCAGUGAUUGGAUUCCUCGCGCACGAGCUUGAAGUCAGCGUCGACCGAGUGGUGGACCAAGGCGCCGGAUUGGCCUUCAUCGUUUACCCUGAAGUUGUCACGAGACUGCCGCUUUCUCCGCUCUGGUCCAUUCUCUUCUUCUUCAUGCUUUUGACACUUGGACUUGACUCACAGUUUGCUUUAAUGGAAACUGUGACGACGGCAAUAUUGGACAGAUUCCCGAACUUCAGAGAGAAGAAAAUCUGGGUUGUUCUGACUGUUGCCGUGUUUGGAUAUCUCGGGGGACUGAUUUUCACGACUAACAGUGGCAUGUAUUGGUUACAAUUAAUGGAUAAAUACGCGGCAAACUGGUCAGUUCUAAUAAUUGCGAUUGGGGAAUGCAUCUUAAUCGCCUGGAUCUAUGGGGCCGAGAAGUUCUGCCACGACAUCGAACGUAUGAUCGGACGCCAGUCGAAGGCCUGGCUGGUCUUUUGGAGUACUAUGUGGAGAGGCAUCACUCCCGCGGCCCUUAUUUUCAUCCUGGUCUUUAACUGGAUCGAGUAUAAGCCGGCUACCUAUGGCCACUACGUAUACCCGAUGUGGGCAGAUGCAGUCGGCUGGAUUAUCGGAAUGCUGCCUAUAUUGGUUGUCGUAUUGAUGGCCAUAGACAAGAUUUGCACUGGUCCUGAUGAUCUGACAAUUAUGCAGAAAGCCCGCUUCCUGUCGCAACCCACGGAGGAGUGGGGCCCGGCACAGCGCGCGGCUCCGCUCGAGGAGACUGAGCUUGCUCCGCCCGUGCUGCUGCUGCACGGCAGACACACGUCUAAGGAUACCGGCGACACGAUGUCAGACAACAGCGGAGUGGAGAAUGAUUUCAGAAAGGCAGAUGUCCCUAAAAAAAGAAAUUCAAUGAAGAAAAAAGUUCAAAACUUUAGCAGCGAACACGAUGACGCGGCCCUCGUCCCAUUACUCCAAACGAACAAAGAUAAACCUGAACGUAAUGCCCCAAGUGCCAAGUUCACAUUGCCAAAAACAAAGACUGAUUCAUUAAGUGAAAAGGAUAUUCAAAGUGUUGAUGUAGAAAAAGGGACAGUGUCGAAACCUUUAUAUGAUAAUGCGAUUGUUGUUUGUAAUCCUGCAGUGGUUCAGAAUCAUAUGAAUACAAACGUGUUUGGGGAUAUGAUUAUGUCAGAAGUGCCAAAGACCUCGGUCCUUAUUGAAAUUAGCGAGAAGAAAUCGACGGGUUUCGGUACACCGUUAAUUUUUACCACGGCAAAGAUACACACAGAUAGUAAAACGAAGACGGGAGACCCGUUGCACGUUACGCCAGUACCGAUUCUGUCUACGAUCGAAGGGAAUCGAGUAAAAUCGGAAGUUACAUACGAUAAAACUAAUAUAUUGCCUGAGAAAAUCGAGCCCACAGGCAAAGUAUUUGAGAAGGGCAAAGAUGUCCAAUCUCAAAUUAUCAAUAAUGAUGACGCAAAUGGAACAAAUCAAUCUAAAUCAUGCUCAAAUAAAUUUGCGGAUCAAUGUAAGACGUCAGUCACGCAACCAUCUCAAUCAAAUAUAGCAACUAAAUCUGAUGCCACAAAAGCUAGUACUGUCACUACAAAUAUGACAGAUAUUACACAAAACACAAAUGUAAAUAGCACAGUCUUGUCUAAAUCAAAACCUGAUAGCACAAGCAGUAUGAAGAAAUUACAACGCCAAAAACAUACAGAGGAAAUAAAUAUACCACAAAAUAAUUUCGUUAUUAAAAAUGACUCUGAUGUAGUUAAAAUAGAUAUAAAAACGAAUGGAACAACACAAAGCGAUGUAAACAGAUUUUCUGGCCUUCAUGCUGUCAAAAGCCCGUCAGACCCAAAUAAGUCCAUUCCGACGGCUAAGUCAAUUACAGAAGUAAAAGAAAUGGUUAAGUCGCCUAUCGCUUCGAAACAAGAUAUCACAACAUCUACAGAAAAAUCUUCAACGCAAAAAAUAACCACUACAGAUGCAAAGGAAAUAGCUAAAUCUCACGUUGUCAGUUCAACACAUAAGUCAUCCAUAGUAAAACCUACAUUGGCGCAAAAAACAAUUACUUCAAGCCCUGAAAGUAAGGAAGCGACUAAAUCUCUUGCUAUGUCUUCAAAAGCUGAAGCCGUGACGUCAAUUGCAACGUAUGGAAAUACAUCAACCCAAAAUUCAAUAACUACAGAACCAAAAGUGUCUUCCAAAGUGGAGGCGUCGUCGAUCGCAACACAACCUGGCGCUACGAUAACCCAAAAAGCAAUUACUCCAAUUGACUCUGGCUCAAAAGGCAAAGAUCCUAAAUCGUUUGUAUCUCCAAAAGUUGAGGCAACAACUAUUACAACAAAACCUGGUAUCUCAUCACAAAAAAUAACUCCUACGGCUUCAGAACCGAAAGAUAAAAUUGUUUUGUCUCCUAAAAUUGAUGCAACAUCUAUCGUAAAACCUGCAACUGCGUCACAGACUGUCAAUACAAUGAAAACAGAAGUAAAAGAUGCUACAAAAAUACCUGUCAGUUCAAAACAUGAAGUGACUACAGUAAAAACUGGAAUCACGGCAUCUGAAAGGGCAAAUACCAACACCAUUUUAAAACAGGAGCCGAAGACAUCUGCUAAACCCACAUCUACGCAAAAAAUGGCCAGCAGUACAGAAGCUAAAUCGGCAAUCCCUACUGCAAAACCAGAAGUUAUAAAACCAAAUCAAAAAACAUUACAGACCACAACAGAACCAAAAGUAGCCUUGACUAAAAUACCAUCAAAACCAGAGGUUUUUGCGUCUGUAUAUAAACCUACGAUGGCUCUGAAAACAACUCCUGGUAACACUGGCACACAUGAUAAAGAAACGACUAAAUCUCUUGCUAUGUCUUCAAAAAUUGAUACCACGACGUCUGCCGCAACAAAACCUGGAGCCAUGUCCAUGCAAAAAGCACCACUAAACACAGUGACGGAAGCAACUAAAUCGCCAAUAUCAAAACAUGAAAUCGUGAAACCAACUCAAAAAGUACCAACCAAAGGAAAGGAAUUGCCAAUAUCAAUAAAAACACCCAAACCUUCAACAAAAUCUGACAAACUAAAAUCCCCAACUCAAAUGCCAUCUCAGACUCAAGUACCAGGAGCGAAUAAACCAAAAGCAGGUAGUGAAGUUUCAGGUAAUGCAAAGACUAAAGUACCUUCAUACAUUGUAGCAACGUCGAAAACCAAAAUAGGUGCUCCAAAUAAACCAGAAGACUCCAGUGCAUCAACUACUUCAGUGAGUAAAGCAGAUUCAAAAGACGGUAAGUCAGAUACAAAGAAUCCACCAAAAUCAUAA